AUGUCACACGCCAAACCUAUCUGUUCAGUGCUUUGUGUAGUGCUGACCCUCUUGAUGGGUUCCCACUGGGGUGUUGAUUCUUUUGGGCUCGGGCACUGUGUCCUUUCUCCCAACAAACCAGGCCUAGCGAUCUGUACUUCCCAAGCCUUUUCCAACCUGAGUUCCGCCAUUGCUCGCCUGCCUAACUCCACUCGCUGGCUCAACGCUUCCCACAACAAUGUAAACGACGUGACCUCAAAGGUCUUUUCUCACCUUCCUCACUUGUUGGAACUUCUUCUGGAUAACAACCGCAUAUCGAGUGUUCAGCCCAAUGCCUUUCAAGGCUUGGAGGACCUGGAGAUGCUCGAUCUGAGUUGGAACUACUUAGCUUACGUGGGGCCUUCCACAUUGGCCGGCCUGAGGAAUCUCCGCCUGCUUCAUUUGAGUCACAACAAAAUAGCCUCCUUGCAUCCUCAGGCCUUCGUGUUCCCGAUGGCUCUCCAAGGACUUCACCUUUCCUACAACAAUCUCUCUGAUUUCCAGGAGGUAGCGACAGCGGUGAAAGGCUUGGCCAACCUUACCUUCCUGAAUCUCGAUUUCAACCAGAUCUCCGCCCCAUGUAUGGGUCCUGGGUGGAUUGCUUUGCCUGUCCUGAGGAACCUCAGCUUGAACAGCAAUGGCAUUUCAAAGCUGGACCUGUCCAAUUGCUCUCUGCCUCACUUGCAACAACUGAACCUGACCUAUAACGACAUGUUGGAAGUGGAGUCUGAAUCCUUCCGUGCCACCCCGGUUUUGCUGGAGUUGUCCUUGGACAUGAACCCCUUUCCCAUCUCCCACCUUCUCAAUCUGUCGCUUCCUAACCUUACUACACUGCACUUGUCCAGUAUGAAUCAGUCAUUAAACCAUACCUUGCCUGAAGCUUGUACUGUCUUCCGGGGCCUCCCAUCUUUGACCUCUUUGGACAUCAAGCAUUCCAAGAUUGCAGCUUCUCACCUGAGCCAGCUGGGUUCCUGCGCUAACCUCACGUGGCUGGAUCUGUCUGCCACCAACUUCAAGCGCUUUCCAAGAGGGGCUUUCAGCGCCUUUCCGAACCUGGAGUUCCUCUCAUUGGACAAGUGUAAAUUGCUGACCAUCCAUGCUAGCGCCUGGGAAAAACAGAGCCGGCUACGGACGCUGAUCCUGAAAAGAAAUUCUAUAUCUCAGCUGGAAAAUAACAUUUUCGGUCCUUUGAGGAGUUUGAGCUAUCUGGAUCUGUCCAAGAACCGCUUGACCAAUCUUCAGAAGACAUCUUUUUUGCAUAUGGAGGCGUUGCGGAAGCUCAUCCUUCAGGGCUGCCAGAUCACGGCUGUGACCCGUGACACUUUCCGUUAUGCUCGCAAAAUGGAGUUCUUGGACUUAAGAGAUAACAGCAUCAAAUUACUCAAGUAUUCUGCCUUUGUGUUCCUCAAACACUUGCAGACGCUCCUGCUUUCUGGAAACAGAAUCCUUACUAUCCAAAGACAUGCCUUUAAGGGACUCACCUCUCUCAGGAGUCUCUUCCUGGAUCACAACUACCUUUACAAGCUGCCGGUGGCAACAUUUGCCUACCUUAAAAAGCUAGAAACGUUGGACCUCAGUAACAACUACCUCUUCACUUACAACAAGUAUGACCAUUCUAGCCCUUUUCUGGGUCUCUAUGGCCUCCGCACCCUGGACCUCAGUUCUCAGAUGCCUAGACUGCCCAUCUGUCCUCCAGACCAACUCUUCCAAGGUCUGCAGAAUCUCCAGCGCCUGUCUUUGAGGGACAACCCCAGUGCCUUGUUCCUUAACCUCUCUUUUGUCAACCUGACUAGACUUGAAUCCCUGGAUCUCUCUGACAUCUAUCCAGGCAGGGAUGGCUUUUGGAGGCCGCGUCCAAACUUCUUCCAAGGUCUGAAGAACCUAAGUCGACUCCAGAUAGAAGACAGCUCCAUCAGGGACUUGCCCGAACAAAUCUUUUCUGAUUUGGAAUCCAUGGAGCAGCUGUCCUUGAACAAGAAUGAACUGAGGAACAUCAGUAAACAGCUUCUUGGUAGACUCUCCUCGCUGAAGUAUCUGGAUGCCUCUGGGAACCCACUAACUUGCUCAUGCGAGAACGUGUGGUUCCAUAACUGGUCUAUGUCUGAACCAAAUAUUCAGGUGGGCUUACUGGGCUCCUAUCAUUGCUUCGGCCCUGGUUUGAACAACCAGCUCUUUGUCCAGCAAGACUUUUCCUUCUGCUUUGAGACUUGGGAAAUGUAUUUCUUUGCUGUGACCACAGCGAUCAUUCUCUCACUCCUGCUUAGUUGUUUGGUAAAUGCUAAGUUUGGUUGGACCCUAAGGCACUGUUAUUAUUUGCUGAAGGGUUGGGGCCAGAGGCAGCUGAAUCAGAGAGUACAGGACUAUCAGUACGAUGCCUACAUUUCCUGUUGCGGGCAGGACUAUGAAUGGGUGGUGAAGACCCUCCUGGUAAAGCUGGAAGAGGAGGGGGAACCUAACUUCCGGCUAUGCUUUGGGCCUAGGGAUUUUGCCCCCGGAGAGUAUUUCAUGAACAAUGUUCAGAACGGGGUAAGCCGAAGCCGCAAAACUUUGUGCUUGGUGAGCAAGGGUUACCUGGAAAAUGAGUGGUGCUCAGUGGAAAUCCAACUCGCUUGUUCUAAGAUACACUACCACGGGCAGGACCCAUUGGUUGUAGUCUUUCUGGAGGACAUUCCUAACUACAGGCUGUCUCCGUAUCAUCGCCUGAGGAAACUAAUCAAGCAAAAUAGCUAUAUCAGUUGGCCUGAAAAUCCAGAGGCUGAGAAUGUCUUCUGGGCCAAACUUCGAGAGGCCCUGGACUACUACAGAGAGCAAGAAGCACAACUCAUGCGAUUCGAUGUGAUUCAGCAAUAG